CGCCCCAGACUCACCCCACCAUCCGAUCGGCCACGCCCCCCAGGCACCGUACGGCGCCCGACGCGGCCAGCUCCCCGGCACCACCCGCGAAGCUCCCCGCCCCGCUGCCAGAACGGCCAAUAAAUAGGACGACGCACACGCCCGCAUCCCAUCGCCACCACCACGCGCACGCGCACACGGCCACCGUUAGUCUUCCAGCCAGCCGGCAUCCUCCGAGCUAGACGGGAUCGCCAUGGCCGCGGCGGGCAAGUCCAAGGAGGCGGACGCGGCGCGGUGCAGGAGGCACCCGAGCCACCGGCACGCGGCCGGCGUCUGCCCCUUCUGCCUCAGCGACCGCCUCUCGCGCCUCUCCGCCGCCGCGUCUGCCGCCGCCUCCGAGCCGUCGUCGGCGUCCUCGUCCGGGGCGGCGAGCGUCGCGUCGGCCCAGACGGCGCCGCCCUGCCGCGAGGCGCGCCGGGCGAGGCUGGGGAUGCUGAUGCGGCAGGACGUGCCGGAGGCGGCCGCGGGCGGUCACCACGGCAAGAAGGAGGUUGGGACUGCGCCAGCCGAGGAGAAGAAGCCGGCGAAGAGGGGCAACUUCUGGACCCGGCUGCAGCAGGCGAGCUGGUACAGGAGGGACGGCUGCUCGGUGGCGUCCGUGAAGAAGGGCGCCGCCGCCGCGCCGCCGCACAAGCGGGCGGCGUCGCUGUUCUGAACCUCCGGCGAGCGGGAGGCCGCGCGGCCAGUCGGUUGAGCGACAUUUGCUCGGUUGGUUGGUUGGUUUCUGGUUCUGGGUCGUGUGCUGUGCUGUUCCAGAGCGGAGCCUACGUGGCCGGAUGGAUGGAUGGAUGGAUCACCUGCUCUGCUCGUCUAAUCCGGCGUCUUUCUCGCUGUUUCUUUCGGGUUUGGUGCGCGGUUGUUGGAAGAGUACUAGUCUUGGUGGAUGGAAUGAAGGACAGCCUAAUGGCUCGUCCAUUUUUGUACAGCACAGAUCAUCGGUCUCCAAUGAAAGAGCUUGCGUUCGACUC